AUGACUAGACGCAGUGACAGCGAUAAUGACGGAGAGACUUCGUCCCCGUCUCCGUCCUGGCGCCCAAAGAAAUGUAAAGGUGAAAAGCAUGUGUCUUUCCCUCCGGAUGAGGAGAUAGUGUCAGGCUUCGCUGAGCGCAAGGACACAAGCAAUGGUAAGCUGAUGUCCUCUACCUCUUCUCUCCCUUGAUGGCUCUGAGGGAAUAAGGUAUACCUUUUAGGAUUUGAUAUAGGCCCACUAUCUUCUCAGAAUCUGCACAAAUGCACAUAGGUAUGGUAUAGGCCUGUCGGCAUAGGCUAAUGUUGUUCUGUGUAGUGUGGAGGGCUGAUGUAAGGUAGGCCUAGCACUAAUCAGUUUCACACUCUGCUCAUUGACAUUUUACAUGGUCUCAAGAUCAAGUCUCCUGAUUUGUAUUCUGGCUCUCCCCUCUUUCCCUCCUUGAUUUCCCCUCCCUCCUAUAUUUAUUAGUGAUUUGCAUAAACAUGGUAACCAACACAUAAUCACAGCAGUAUCUCCUAGUGACCUAAAUGUUUUGAAGUAAAUAAAUAAAUUACUGUGGAUAUGUUUAAUUAAUGGCAAGGAUUUAAGCAUCCUGAGGCACACACACACACACACACACACACACACACACACACACACACACACACACACACACACACACACACAUACACAUACACAUACACAUACACAUACACAUACACAUACACACACACAAGCACACAUACACACUUUUUAAAUCAAAUUCAAGAUAAGUGUUUUUAUUGGUUUAGAUGGAGCUGUCAUUCUCUGGAUAUACCUACAUGGUGUUUACAGAACCAUUGGAAUGACUAUGGAGGCCUUUAUCAUGUUAUGGUUUUAGUGAUGAAUGCUGUGAAAUACAUUGUUUGUGAGCUAUAUAACUUUAAUGUGACACAAAUGAUGUAUCAAGUUUGAGACAGUCAGUGAGUCAAGUGUUUCCAUCUGCAAGUCCUAUAGGCCUAGCUACAUCUGUUAGGCUCACUCCAUACGGCAUAUGGGAUGAAUUUGAUCGCUUGAUUGGUUGAUUUAUAAGGCAGAUACUCAUCCUCUCUGCCCUUCCCACUUCCAAAUGACUGACAUAUUCUCCCUUCCCCACAGUCAGUCAAUCAGAAGCAUACAGGAUGUAUCCGAAAUGGCACCCUAUUCCCUAUAUAUUGCACUACUUUUGACCAGAGUCCUAUAGGCCCUGGUCAAAAGUAGCAAACUAAAUAGAGAAUAGGGUGCCGUUUGGGACGCAGAAACAGUUUACCAUCCGUAUGGCACUCUCCAGUCUCUCUAAGCACUUUGGAGUGGGAGCUCCCAGUUCAUUGGGACAGAGAGACAUUAGGGUAGGUAAUGAGUGUAUUCUUCUAUUUUAGUUGACAGCCUCACCUUGGCAGAGGUAAUUGAGGCCUACAAGAGGAGCUGCGACAAGCACCAGGUGGAACCUAAACCCAAGAUUCUGGACCAACUUGAGGUACAUUCCACAGAGAUCCUAUUAAAAGAUGAGUUCUAUGUAAUUCUAUGGUACAUUCGUAGAAAAUAUGCUUCUAGAACCAAGACUGCUUCAAAGUCAUAUUUCAUACAUAUGGUCCCUAAAAUCAUAUAUUUCAACCCAUUUCUGGCAGUAAUUGAAACCCGUUUUGGGGUCUUUUUAACCCUCCCAAAAUCAUUUUUUUUUUUUUACAGUAUACAGUACAUGUUGCACUGUGGUACAUUAGUAGUGAAAAAGAAAGACAAAUCUCAUCAGUUCAAAUCGGUAUACUACCCAGUGAUAUGAAUAAUCUCUGACUAUACUGCUUUGUGGUGACAGGAUAAUUUUUUUGUGUAAUAAGACAAGAUUUUACUACAGAUAGGCAGAGAUACUGUGGUCCCUUGGCUUUAUAGCAAACAACCACAGUAGUAGAAACGCACAGUGUGACUGCACAUAUUAAAAUUCCAAGGGUAAUUUGGAUCAGUUCGUUCAAUCAGCCUCAAUCAGGCUUAUUGCACAAGAAAUUAGAACUGCAUCUCUAGUGCAAACAAGAAGCUAAGAGCAUGUUAACUACUACAUUGGAUUUAAGUUAGAGGUUUUGUAAAUAAUAGCACAGCUGUAAACAAAAACAAAUAAACAUGGGCUAGUGCGGGUGUACAAACACAAACACACACAACUAGUAUGCGCGUGUAACAGACGCACGUACGUACACACACACACACACACACACACACAAACUCCGAGAUGUAUAAUUUAUUUUAUGUACUUACUUAUUUUACUUGGACCAGCCAUGUUAAGAACAUCAGUUUCCCUCCUGCAUAAAUUUAAGAUUAGAUCAAGGAGAAUAAUUUGUUGGAAAUUAGAGACUUAGUAGUGCUUAUAUUAAGCACACACACUCACACAUACACACACUGUAUUAUCUUGGACGUACUAAUGAACCCAAUUGCUUUUGAAAUGAAUGUAGGUGGUCCUCCUAAAAGAGUAGAAUAUGUAUGGUUAAGGAGUAGCUAAGAGGAUAAAUAUUUAGCCGAGAGAGAGAGAGAGAGAGAGAGAGAGAGGGCUGCGAGUGAAUUCAUAAUAAGAGUAUGCAAAAUGAGAGUGUGAGCUUAAAGAGCAUAUUUAUUAAAUUAGGUAUUUUCAGGCAGGGUAAUCCCCCUGAGGUUGGCCGUUGAAGACUAUUUAAAGCUUUUAUUGUACCCGUGGGCUUUCGCUGUUUCUUUGAAAUGUUUUAAGUGGAUAAAACAGUAUUGCUUUUGGUUACAUCUUCAUAAACAAUAAUGGGUUUCAGCUCAGGGCCCAAGGCUGCCUUAGUUAAACACAGACUCUCUUACUCUUUCAUUUCAUUUUCCCUCUGAAGUCUGGAAUUUCAUGAAGCUUUAUUUUCUGGGUUAGAUCCUGUGAUUAUGUACAUAAUUCUGAUAAGUCCUAUCAACAUAGUUAAGCCCUAUUUAGGCAUGGGGGGAGAGGUUAACUUCUCAAAAUUCUGCAAUCAUUCCGAUUCAAAUUGAGACACUUGACUUUGACAUGAAGGACUGUUGUAAUUUUUUGUUUGAAUGGCCCAACGGCAGCCAUUUUUACAUCAAUAAAGUACCUUACUCUAAUAGAUUUCCAUUAAAAUUUAGAAGAAAAAAAAAACGAUUUCUCAAGCAAUAAUUUUGCUAGGGCUGUCUGGGAGUGGUCUGAGUGGGGAGGGGGAACUUAAAACUAGCAGUUAUUGGCAGAGAGGUUUGGAACUCUCUUUGUUAUUGGUCUAUUAACCAAUUUACCGCAUGGUGAAGUCACCAUGGAUGCCGAAAAUCCUGCCCAUGCACACCUGAUGAUUAGAAAGUCCUGUGUAGAUUGUAUUUUCAACCAGCAACUAUCAGGAAAUAACACUGAAGACAUUUUUUCUCACUUUUACAGUGUUAGUAGUUUCAUCAGCUGUUGUACAAUAUGAUACAAAACACAGGAAAAACAGAAUGUUGACUGCACUUGGCCUUUAAAGUAUGAUUUGUUUACUUUUAUGUUCAUUAAUUUCAAAAGCACCUCCGAUUUUAUUAGUGUUCUGUAUUCAUUUGGAGCUCUCACCUACAGUACAAGGGUGAAAUUCAGAAAUGUUUUAAUAUGAUUCCAAAAUACUAUAAGACUCUAAUCACAUUGACCUAAAUAGGAUUUAGUAUUCUCUCUGGGUUAUAGGCACCAGGUGGAGUAGCCUAAGCUAGGAAUUAGUUGCUUGUUGUUGAAUCAUUUAAUGAAUAGAUAUCGGAUAUUUCUCUUGCAGAUUUUUCAGUUGAGUGGACUGAGGAGAAAUCAAUUACCUCGACAUAAAUUCCCUAUUUAUUGAAGGAUGAAUUAUCCCUCCCAGUGCAAAGCUGCCAACGUGACAUUUUACUGCUAUUAAAUUCAUAAGGUCACAUUCAAUUCACAGAAAUGUAGUUUUUUUUUUGUGUGGCUAAAUCCUUCUAAGACAAAAUCCCCCCUAAGGAAUAUAAAGACAAGAAAAAAUAUUUGUGCAUUAAAUGCAAACCCUGCUGGUUUCUCAUUCUUUUGAUUAGCAUUAAUAUUGCUCUGCUAUAGUGGCCUACCUACGGUACGGUAGUGUUACAACAUGAUCCUUGGCUGCUGCCAGCCAGUGUGCCUUUCACAGCACACAGAGAUACCUCUCUCUCUUUCUCACCACAUGUAAUUCUAAAGAAAACACAUAAAAAAAGGGAAUAGGCAGAUGAGAGGUAAAUGUCACUAAGUAAGUGCUGCACUAUUUCCAAGGCUGUUGUUAGUGCUGCACUAUUUCCAAGGCUGUUGUUAGUGCUGCAUAUGCAAAUAAAAGCUGAGACAGGAGAAAGGGAUUUGAAUGUUUCCGACUGAAUGCAGGCUUAUCAAAAAACAGCAGGGGAACCGGACAUAUGUCUCCUCGCUCAUUACAACACAGACAGCGAUAAGAGGGGAUGCUUACUGGGGCAAUGCCCUAACCACAGCUAUCUGAACGCAGGAGUGUGAGAGCCUGAAGAGAAGAGGGCUUCCUUUCCUUAGCUUGGCUGGAUGCCAUUGGGAACCUACACAGGCUCACACUCAAGAUUGUCAUUUGGUAAACGCUCAGACAAACUUUCACUAAAACAUCCUUUAUUUAGAAGUGAAAGGAUUGGUGCCUCCUCUCAAUAUACAUUUUAAUUUGAGAGGAGACCUUCUAAUAUGGUUCAUUUUGGUUUAAGUAAAAUCUAAUCAACAGUGGACAAAAUAGCUAUGAAAUAAGUAACCUAAAAUGAUUUGUAGUAGUAUUAGUCCUAUUUUGGAAUAAAAGCAGUAUUAGUAUUAGUGAUUAUUGAAUUUAUUAGCAGUUGUCAUAUUGCUGUUGCAGCAGCACCAUCUUGAUAAGAUCUGACAUAUCCAGCGAUCAGGCAUAGGUUUUGUAAAUAGCUUACAGUGGCUUGCGAAAGUAUUCACCCCCCUUAGCAUUUUUCCUAUUUUGUUGCCUUACAACCUGGAAUUAAAAUGGAUUUUUUGGGGGGUUUGUAUCGUUUGAUUUACACAACAUGCCUACCACUUUGAAGAUGUAAAAUCUUUUUUAUUGUGAAACAAACAAGAAAUUAGACCAAAAAAAACAUUUUGCAGCAAUUACAGCUGCAAGUCUCUUGGGGUAUGUCUCUAUAAGCUUGGCACAUCUAGCCACUGGGAUUUUUGCCCAUUCUUCAAGGCAAAACUGCUCCAGCUCCUUCAAGUUGGAUGGGUUCCAUUAGUGUACAGCAAUCUUUAAGUCAUACCACAGAUUCUCAAUUGGAUUGAAGUCUGGGCUUUGACUAGGCCAUUCCAAGACAUUUAAAUGUUUCCCUUUAAACCACUCAAGUGUUGCUUUAGCAAUAUGCUUAGGGUCAUUGUCCUGCUGGAAGGUGAACCUCCGUCCCAGUCUCAAAUCUCUGGAAGACUGAAACAGGUUUCCCUAAAGAAUUUCCCUGUAUUUAGUGCCAUCCAUCAUUCCUUCAAUUCUGACCAGUUUCCCAGUCCCUGCCGAUGGAAAAUCAUCCCCACAGCAUGAUGCUGCCACCACCAUGCUUCACUGUGGGGAUGGUGUUCUCGGGGUGAUGAGAGGUGUUGGGUUUGCGCCAGACAUAGCGUUUUCCUUGAUGGCCAAAAAGCUCAAUUUUAGUCUCAUCUGACCAGAGUACCUUCUUCCAUAUGUUUGGGGAGUCUCCCACAUGGCUUUUGGCGAACACCAAACGUGUUUGCUUAUUUUUUUCUUAAAGCAAUGGCUUUUUUCUGGCCACUCUUCUGUAAAGCCCAGCUCUGUGGAGUGUACGGCUUAAAGUGGUCCUAUGGACAGAUACUCCAAUCUCCGUUGUGGAGCUUUGCAGCUCCUUCAGGGUUAUCUUUGGUCUCUUUGUUGCCUCUCUGAUUAAUGCCCUUCUUGCCUGGUCCGUGAGUUUUGGUGGGCGGCCCUCUCUUGGCAGGUUUGUUGUGGUGCCAUAUUCUUUAAUAAUGGAUUUAAUGGUGCUCCGUGGGAUGUUCAAAGUUUCUGAUAUUUCUUUAUAACCCAACCCUGAUCUGUACUUCUCCACAACUUUGUCCCUGACCUGUUUGGAGACCUCCUUGGUAUUCAUGGUGUCGCUUGCUUGGUGGUGCCCCUUGCUUAGUGGUGUUGCAGACUUUGGGGCCUUUCAGAACCGGUGUAUAUAUACUGAGAUCAUGUGACAGAUCAUGUGACACUUAGAUUGCACACAGGUGGACUUUAUUUAACUAAUUAUGUGACUUCUGAAGGUAAUUGGUUGCACCAGAUCUUAUUUAGGGGCUUCAUAAAAAGGGGGUGAACACAUAUGCAUGCACCACUUUUCCGUUAUUUAUUUUUUAGAAUUAUUUUAAACAAGUUAUUUUUUCAUUUCACUUCACCAAUUUGGACUAUUUUGUGUAUGUCCAUUACAUGAAAUCCAAAUAAAAAUCUAUUUAAAUUAAAGGUUGUAAUGCAACAAAAUAGGAAAAACGGCAAGGGGGAUGAAUACUUUUGCAAGGCACUGUACAUUUCAAACCAAACGGUUCCCAUCGGAGUCAAUUCUGUCAUCUGUGUACCCAUCUCUCUCUCUCCCUCUCUCCAUCUCUCCUUCUUGUGCUCUCUGUCUCUCUCCCUCUCUCUCUGAGCCUUGUACCUCAGCAUCACUCAGCGUCCAUCAGAAAAGCACAGCGUCUCUGAUAUGCAAUAACCCUCUGUCUGCCCAGCGAUACGAUACAGACUCACUCAUAUCUAAACACCAUCCAGUCUAAAUAACUUCCCAUGCAGACUUUUAAACUUUAAUGUGUAGUAACACACCCUCUGGACCUUACUGAUACAUACACAUACACACACACACAGAAGCACACACACACACACGGAAGAGCAGAAGCAUGCAGAGGCAGGGGUGAAUAUAAACAUUAUAUUUGACAUCUAGCAUUUAGGGAUACAACACACAGGUACUUUACAUGAAAACUCAUUCAUAAUGUCACCAAAUGCACUAUCAUACAUCCAUCAUUACAGAUGAACAAAGACAGUGGGAAAUAUUUUCAAAGUCAAUUAGAAUUUUGUGUACUGUACGUUACAUUUUUAAAAUGAUAAAUUAAGUUACUAAUAUUUUCUAUGCUCUUUCUAGACACUGCAGGUUUAAUUGUGAACUGGGAAUGAAUACAUUUGCACAUUAAUUAGCUCCCAAUUUACAUGUUUUAUUUGCUGCCUUCAAAGGGUGUGAGAUAAAAGGUUGUGUUAUAUUAAAUAAUUUAUCCUUUAUUGCAGAAAAGAUGCUGAAUGGAAAAUGUGCGGGUGAUUUUAACCCCUAAGAGCUUUAACUGUAGAAAAGUUUUCCAAGUAAUUAAAUGAGUAAAAAAAAAAAGUGAAACAUUUGUUAAUACAAAGGCAGAGCACAGGACUAGGAGUCCUGGACCGACGAUGGAGUGUGAAUCCACCAGAGAUUACUUCGCUAGAAGUCAAGUUUAUAAACCAUAUCCCUCUCUGCCUGGGAAAGGGAAAGCUUUUCUUUUUUUCACUCCAUUUUGUCCCUCUCCCUCCUGACACAUCAAUAGAUUUGGCACUCGGUCCCUUCGUUUUUCUCCUCCUCACUAGGCAGCACAUCUCAGCAGCAGAGCAACAGGGAAAAGGAAGGGAGCUCACAAGUUCAGAAAUUCAUUAAGAUGAAAAAAAAGCAACUACUGGAUGUGUGUGUGUGUGUGUGUGUAUGUGUGCACGCUCGCGCUUGCACUUAUGUGGUUGUUUGUGUGAUCGGUGGGGUGUGCCGGUGGUUGCACGGCCUCAAAUUAUUUUACUGACAUUUGUCACAUCUCUGUACUCUAUCCCAAACAGAAUAUAUACAGUAUAUUGACUGACCACACCGUAUAAUACUUUCAUGUCUCAUGCUCAUCAAUAAAAUCCUCUCUUCAGGUUACUCUGCUAAUAACUCAGAUGAGAUGCUAUCAUAAAGUAGAACAAUAUCAUAACUCACACUGCUAUAAUGUUAUAUUAGAGUUUUUAAUGAAUUGAUAUGCAUGCUCUGUUUUGUGGUGGUGGUUCCUCUAUAAAUAAAAUAUGGAUAUUUCUCAGAGGGAUACACACUUCAGAGACAGACAGAGAGGGAGUACUGUUUCAGGGCAUAGCAGGCCUACAUGAUGCUGUUCAUUCCAGGCUCUAACCUAUUAGACUGCAUGCUGUGUGUGUGUGUGUGUGUAGCCUUGUCUGCCCCUAACAUUGUCUUUGUCACAAUAUAUGUUGUACUUUCUUUUUAGGCGAAUUUAACACGUGUGUUUCUGCACACUGAUAAUUUCAAAUGAAAUGUAUAAUUACAACAAAUAAUAAGCCUCUAUUUACAAAGUGUAAUUUAUUGAUGUUUUAUUGAUUAAUGUAGUUUGGUUCUGACUGAAAACAUUUUUAGGGGGUCUAUUGUCUCUCCUCCCUGCUCCUAGACGGAAAAAUAUAGGAAAUAAUUCCUUCAAGUUAUUUUGUACUCUCAUGUCCUUUGAACAAUGAAUCAUAUUUAAGGAUGAAAUAAAACAGGCAGUAUAUGAGAAUAAGCUGGUGGCAUCUUCACACAGUGGGAUUUGGCAGAGAGAGAGAGAGAGAGAGAGAGAGGAGAGAGAGAGAGAGAGAGAGAGAGAGAGAGAGAGCGAUAGAGAUAGAAGAGAGAUACGAGUCUCUAGCCUUCUAGCUUCUCUCUCUAGAUCUCUCUCUCGACUCCUCUAUAUUUCUCUCAUCUGCUUCUCUCUCCUUCUCUCUCUCUUCUCUCUCUCGUCCUCUCUCGCUCUCUAUUCUUUCAUUAUUUUUCAUCUGCAUGUAAGGAGGGAUUCUCGCUCCUUCGCUGUUCUGUUCUGGUUGUCAGGAGAAUAAAAGAUUACAGUUUCCACUAUCCAUGCAAUUAUGUCACCUUUGGAGAUUGAUGUAGUCAAAUUAGAUGUAUGUGGAACAGUGGCUUGGCAAAUGAACGCCUCAACAGAUGACCAGCUGUUGCUAAUUAAUAUACACUGGUUAAUUAGGACAUGGUGUUGCCAUCAACAGUAAACUGUGUGAAAUCCAUAAUUCAUGCUCUCACAUUGCUGUUGUGGUGGUGGCAGUGGAAGCUAGAGCUUCUAACUCUGAACAAACAAGUCAGAGAGCCAUGGAGGAGAAGCCUCGUGUUAGAGAGGUACAUUAACUGUAUUGUUUCUGUUAAUGAGAAAUACUUCUCUCUCUCUCUCUCUCUCUCUCUCUCUCUCUCUCUCUCUCUCUCUCUCUCUCUCUCUCUCUCUCUCUCUCUCUCUCUCAGCAGGUUACCAGUUUAAAUGGCAGGGCCCCAUGUCUGGACUUGAAAGGUAAGCUAAUGUAAAAGUUUUGUUAUAAUCCCCUCAAUACUUUAUUUACGACAUAGGGUAUGAUUCAUACGAUAUUGUAUACAGUGAGUGGUAUGGUGCUUGUUGAAUGUAAAAUGAAUGACUAUUACAACCAUUACAACAGUGCAAGAUUGCAAUAUUACAACACUAGAAAGUUAGUAGCCCUACAGACAUCACAUUCCAGUACAUUAUACAUAUUAUUUCUAAGUGGCCAUUGGUUUACUAUAACAUACAUUUACAGUACCAGUAGAAUUUAAUCAGUCCGCUGAUGCUGUGAAGCUUCAGUUUGGGGUUAACCCCUGCCCCCCUUUGAUGAGUGAAACAGGAGAGCUGCCACCCCAGUGGGGAUGUGUGAUUCCAACAUGGGGUCAUCUUGUCGUCGUCCCCCCCGCUCAGUUGUCAUGCUCUGAUGACAUCACACUGGGGUGAUGACACCCUGCAUUAGUUAUUAUCUUCCCCAACACAGAGGGGAUUUCUGUUCCUCCCCUUCCUUGCAGUUUCCCCUGUUCCUAUGGUACAGUUAAGUGAUUAUUGUUAAAACAUCAUUUUUUUUUUUUUACAAAUGAUUAUGCUAAUGUUGAAUAAAUGAGGAUAUGUGUGACUGUGAGCUGUGAGACAGCGAUGUGCUGUUUGCUCCCUCCCUUUGCGGUCAUGGAGAUAAGAGUUUAUAAGGAGAAGGAAGGAAGGAGCUAGGGCCUCUAAUAGAGGUGGACUGAUGCUGCGGCCAUCAAAGUCUCUCUCUAGGCUUUGUUUAAAAGUCAUCUGGUGUUGAAUAAUCAGAUACCCUUUGAUUCAUGACUGGGAGGGAGGGAGGGAGGAGGGAGGACAGUGGAGGGGAUCUUGUUAGAGAGAGAACGUCUUUCGCCUUUUAACUCUGAGUCAUCGCAUCACACUGUGCACUAACUACCAGUCACAUAAUCUGUGGAGACACUUUUCUUCCCUCAGAGCUUACUGUACUACUUUAAUUCAGAAAGUAAACACUUGCACAGAUAAAUUAGAUGAUUUAAAUUUUCUAAAGGAGGGGUAGGAGGGGAAGGUUGUUUUGUGUGCUCUAGCCUCCCUGAGUUUCCUAAAAUUCCAAUCACAAAAUAACAUUGACUCCUGACUGGGGACAUGGCAAUCUGACUGUUAGCAAACAGUCCCAAUUAUCUUCUGUUUGAUUGCUUUCUCUACUCAGGUGAGCGAUUAGACCAUCUUUCCUGCGAGGCUCUGGAAGUCAUACUGAAAUCACUGAGCUUUGAUUUCAUCAAUCUGCAAGCGGCAGAGCUGGAGGAAAAUGUGAGUUUUAUGAGCAAAAACUUUAUUUUUUCAUUUUUACUUUCCAAUUGGGUUUUGUAUUCAGCUGUCCCUGUGUAUCGGAUUUUACUCUCCAUCAAAGGAACUGGAAACUCCAUUACUAUGUUGCUGUUGAAUUUAAACCUCGCUCCUACUUCUUUUUUUCGUCCAGGGAGCCUCAUCCUUGCUGGAUAUGGUUUUGUAUUAUGAAUCUACCCCCCAUCUUGACAUCUCUGACAACACCAGCAUGGGGAUAUCUGGUUGGAAGGCCCUCUCUCAUUUGAUAAAGCAGGUACAUGUAGUUCAGUGUAAUCUGUUUCUGUGUAUGGAUUUAGGCCAGGGGUGAGAGAGUGCAUACUGUAGUCUGGUUUUAGGAAGAGAGGGAGUGUAUUCUAGAAGUAAGACGGGUGAGUAUUGAGGGCAAAAUAAAGUCUAUUCAAGUUCAGCAGUUCCCAGAGAAGCUGCUUAGCUUUGUUGGCUAACACACACAUGUACAUGCACUCACACACAUAUGCACUCGCAUGCACGCACGCACACACACACACACACACACACACACACACACACACACACACACACACACACACACACACACACACACACACACACACACACACACACACACACACACACACACACACACACACACACACACACACACACCAUUGCCCCCAGUCAGUACCUCAGACUUCAUUACCAUGGGCAUCUGAUUAGCUAGCAGAGCCAGGAGAAAUGAUCCUGCGGAUCCCAAAUGUCAUUUCUGAAGGCCUGCCUGCCAGCCUGGUUGGGUCCUUGGGGUGAUAAACCUCUCAGGGCCCAGGGCAGGACUCAAAGUAUGCAGGGAAAAUCUUCCCAAGAAUCUUAUGUUAGCUGACUGUGUCUGAGCGACAGACAGACAGACAGACAGAUGAGGGAUCUAUAAAAAAUAAGCCCAGAUGACACCUCUUCCAUUCCUUAGAGUUUCAGAGUGCUGGAUAGAAUGGGAUAGUUAUAGUGUAAAUUUACUCCAACGUUUGUUCAAUUAGUGGUAGUUCUUAGAUGAAACAGAAGUGAGGUUUUGCCUCGUGGUGAAAUGGACUUCAAGGUUGAGACCAAAAGCCAGCUCUUAGGCAGUAUUACGCAAGAUCAAUCAAAAUCACCUUGGUGUAGAGAGAGAGAUGGAGGAUGCAGCAGGAGAGAAAAAAUCUGGACACGUUUGAUGUGCCGACCAGAUGGACGGAGAGAUGGCGGGAGGGAUGGAGACUAACAAUGGCCCCCAGACCUGCCGCUCUCCCUCCGUCACUCAGGACUGUUUUCUUCUCUUCCUUUUUUGAUAUUCCCCCUCUCCUCUCCUCCUUCAGACAGGCUAGUGUUUGAUGAGGAGAGGUGAUGCAUGGAGGCCAGUCCACACCAGGGGCACAGCCUUUCAGCCACACUCUCUCCAUCCCCCUCUCUGUCACUCUCUCCACCUCUCUCUUUCUGUCAGUCAGUGUUGUUUUGCCUUACUGGCAUUCUCCUCAACUCUAGUGUUUGAAGGUGAGGUACAAUAUGGAGUUCAGUCCACACUUAGGGCACGGCCUAGCCCUUCAGCCUCUCUCCUUCACUCCCUCCUUUUUCUGACAGGUUCUGGAAGUGUUUGAUCAGAAGUGAGGUACAGAGGCCAGUCCAUAGCCUAGCAUCUCAGACCCUCACUUUAUCUUACUCUUCUCUCUCUGCCCCUGACAUACCCUGGCCUUCCCUCCAUCUCUGUUUUCCAUCCCCUCAAAGUUUUUCUGACUUUCUCUCCCUUUAUCUUUGUCCUGUAGCCCCCGUCCAUCUCUCUCUUUCUCCCCCCCCCCCCUCUAUCUCUCCCCACUCCUCUCUCUCUCUCUCUGUCCCCCGCCCUCUCUCUCUCUCCCGCUCGCUCUGAUGAGAUCCUUGUGUUUGUCUCUCUGUAGAGUGUGUGUCUGGUGAGGCUGGAUGUAUGUAAUGUGGCCCUGCUGCAGUAUCCAGCCCAGGUCCUGUCAAGAGCCCUCCUCAGAAGCAGACUCACCGUGCUGCACCUCCAAAGCACCUGCCUCAGCGGCAGACCCCUCUUCACGCUUGGUAUGCCCUGCACGUAUGCAUGAACACACACACAGCUUUGUUUUAGAGAAUUUUCAGGACUUUUUGGGGAGUAGAAAUGUAUUCCCAUUCAAAAACCUAUUUUCCCUAACCCUAACCUUAACCCCUAACCCUAACUCCUAAACCCAAACCUAACCCUAAAAUAGCAUUUAAACAAAUUCAGGACAUGAAAAAAAGUUCUUGUUUUCCUACCUUGUCAGGACAUUCUGGUGACUUGUCAGGACAUUGUGGUCCUGAUAAGGUAGGAAAACAUGUACACACACACACCGUCUUGUACAACUAACCUUGUGGGGACACACAAUUCAGUCCCAUUCAAAAUCCUAUUUUUCCUAACCCUAACCCGUACUCUUACCCUAACCCUAAACCUAACCUUAACCCUAACCUUAACCUGAAAACCUAACCUUAACCCUAACCUAACCCUAGCUCCCAACCCUAGCUCCUAACCCUAAACCUAAUUCUAACCCUAACACUAAUUCUAACCUUAACCCUAAACCCCCUAGAAAUAGCAUUUGACCUUGUGGGGACCACAAGUAUAGUUAAGCACGUCCACACACACACACACACACACACACACACACACACACACUCACACACACACACACGAUCUGUUCUUUCUGAGUUCUUCCUCAUGGCCUGAUAGGGCUCAGUAGGACCUCCCGUGUGUGUGUGUGCACGUGUGUGUAUUUGUGUGUGCGUGACUGCAUAUGUGUGUUUGUGUGUGUCUGUGUGUAUGCGUGUGUCUGUGUGUGCGCUCGGUGUUGUCCGUGCUCGGCCGUGGCCAGCAGGAACAGAUGACAGAGGACAAGGAGCGGAGGAGCAGAUUUUGGCCCUGUGACCCUCACAGUGGGACUGGCCCGGGAUUAGAUGUCCUAAUCUUCAGCCUGUCACUUUACACACCACCGCACCGAUCCACACAGUCACCGAGGCCAGAGACACUAUCCUCUCUACCCAGGACUUUCUGUAGCCAGGUACGAGGACCAGUAACCAGGCCUCAGAACAGUUAUUUAACCAGGCACCAGGUCUUUCACCAGAGAUGAUACACCAGGUGUGUCAAACUCAUUUUGCCUCGCAUUUGGUCUUCACCGAGGUACAAUUAAUUAUAUUUCCUCGCUGUCAAAAUGUGCAAAAAAUAGUACUUUAUCCAUUGCUUUUUUUCCUCUACACCCCCCCCCCCCCCGUUCCUCCUCAGAACAGCCUCAUUUCAUCGGGGCAUGGACUCUACAUGGUGUCGAAAGCAUUCCACAGGGAUGCUGGCCCAUGUUGACUAUAAUGCUUCCCAUAGUUGUGUCAAGUUGGCUGGAUGUCCCCUUUGGGUGGUGGACCAUUCAUGAUACAAACGGGAAAAAACACUCUCUCAGAACAGCCUCAUUUCGUCGGGGCAUGGACUCUACAUGGUGUCGAAAGCAUUCCACAGGGAUGCUGGCCCAUGUUGACUAUAAUGCUUCCCAUAGUUGUGUCAAGUUGGCUGGAUGUCCCCUUUGGGUGGUGGACCAUUCAUGAUACAAACGGGAAAAACACUCUCCUCAGAACAGCCUCAUUUCGUCGGGGCAUGGACUCUACAUGGUGUCGAAAGCAUUCCACAGGGAUGCUGGCCCAUGUUGACUAUAAUGCUUCCCAUAGUUGUGUCAAGUUGGCUGGAUGUCCCCUUUGGGUGGUGGACCAUUCAUGAUACAAACGGGAAAAACACUGCAGCGUUGCAGUUCUUGACACAAACCGGUGCGCCUGGCACCUACUACCAUACCCCGUUCAAAGGCACUUAAAUAUUUUGUUUUGCCCAUUCACCCUCUGAAUGGCACACAUACAUAAUCCAUGUCUCAAGGCUUAAAAAUCCUUCUUUAACCUGUCUCCUCCCCUACAUCUACACUGAAUGAAGUGAAUUUAACAGGGGACAUCAAUAAGGGAUCAUAGCUUUCACCUGGAUUCACCUGGUCAGUCUGUCAUGGAGAUCUCAGGUGUUCAUAAUGUUUGUAGACUCAGUGUAUACAGUACAUUCAGAAAGUAUUCACACCCCUGUACUUUUUCCACAUUUUGUUGUGUUACAGCCUGAAUUUAAAAUGGAUUACAUUGAGAUGUUGUGCUACUGAUCUACACAUAAUAACCCAUAAUGUCAAAGUGGAAUUAUGUUUUUAGAAAUGUUUACAAAUGAAUUAGAAAUGAAAAGCUGAACUGUCUUGAGUCAAUAAGUAUGUAACCCCUUUGUUAUGGCAAGCCUAUAUAAGUUCAGGAGUAAAAAUUUGCUUUACAAGUCACAUAAUAAGUUGCAUGGACUCACUCUUUGUGCAAUAAUAGUGUUUAACAUAAUUUUUUAAUGACUGCCUCAUCUCUGUACCCCACACAUACAAUUAUCUGUAAGGUCCCUCAGUUGAGCAGUGAAUAUCAAACACAGAUUCAACCACAAAGCCCAAGGAGGUUUUCCAAUGCCUCACAAUGUAGGGCACCUAUUGGUAGAUGGGUAAAUAAAAAAAAAGCAGACAUUGAAUAUCCCUUUGAGCAUGCUGAAGUUAUUAAUUACACUUUGGAUGGUACACCCAGUCACUACAAAGAUACAGGCGCCCUUCCUAACUCAGUUGGCGGAGAGGAAGGAAACCGCUCAAGGAUUUCACCAUGAUGCCAAUGGUGACUGUAAAACAGAGUUUAAUGGCUGUGAUAGGAGAAAACUGAGGAUGGAUCAGCAGUAUUAUAGUUACUCCACAAUACUAACCUAAAUGACAGAGUGAAAAUAUGUAAGCUUGUACAGAAUAAAAAAUAUGUUUGCAGUAAGGCACUAAAGUAAAACUGCAAAGAAUGUGGCAAAGAAAUUAACUUUAUGUCCUGAAAACAAAGUGUUAUGUUUGGAGCAAAUCCAACACAUCAUUGAGUACCACUCUUCAUAUUUUCAAGCAUGGUGGUGGCUGCAUCAUGUUAUGGAUAUGCUAGUCGUCGGCAAGGACUAGGGAGUUUUUUAGGAUAAAAAUAACCAGAAUAGAGCUAAGCACAGGCAAAAUCCUAGAGGAUAACCUGAUUCAGUCUGCUUUCCAACAGACAUUGGGAGACAAAUUCACCUUUCAGCAGGACAAUAACCUAAAACACAAGGCCAAAUAUAAACUGGAGUUGCUUACCAAGACGACAUUGAAUUUUCUUGAGUGGCCUAGUUACAGUUUUGACUUAAAUCGGCUUGAAAAUCUAUGGCAAGACUUGAAAAUGGCUGUCUAACAAUGAUCAACAACCAAAUUGACAGAGCUUGAAGAAUCUUUAAAAGAGCAAUGUUCAAAUAUUGCACAAUCCAGGUGUGUAAAUCUCUUAGACUUAACCAAAAAGACUCACAGCUGUAAUCGCUUUCAAAGGUGAUUCUAACAUGUAUUGACUCAGGGGGUUGAAUACUUAUCUAAAUCAAGAUAUAUUUGUUGUAUUUUCCAUUCAUAUAAUUGUUUUCUUUUUCUUUCACUUUGACAGAGCAUUUUGUGUAGAUCGUUGACAAAAAAUGACAAUUAAAUAUUUUUUAAUUCCACUUUGUAACACAUCAAAAUGUAGAAAAAGUCAAGGGGUGUGGAUACUUUCUGAAGGGACUGUAUGUAUAUAUAUAUACUGUGAUGAGCGUGAUAGGAGUCAUGCGUAGGAGGGUAAUCACCGAAUGCAGAGUUUAUUCCGUCGUACACAAAUAGCGCUGGAUAGCGACAAACGAAACAGGCACAGGGGAAAUAUCUACCCCGGCAAUAACAAUGUACGAGUAGCUCCACCGAGCUACACUACUCUCACAAGGACAAGGGGGGCAGAGGGAACACUUAUACACAGAGUAAUGAAGGGAUAAGAACCAGGUGUGUGUGAUUGACAAGACAAGACAAAUGGAAUGAUGAAUAAUGGAGCAGCAGUUGCUAGUAAGCCAGUGACGACGAACGCCGAAACCUGCCCGAACAAGGAGGGGAGACAGCCUCGGCGGAAGUCGUGACAUAUACACAGUACCAGUUCCUUUAUUUUACUUUUUUCUACAUUGUAGUUCAUUUGUGCGUUUGAGCCAAUCAGUUGUGUUGUGACAAGGUAGGGGUGUUAGACAGAAGAUAGCCCUAUUUGGUAAAAUACCAAGUCCAUAUUAUGGCAAGAACAGCUCAAAUAAGCAAAGAGAAAUGACAGUCCAUCAUUACUUUAAGACAUGCAAGUCAGUCAAUCCAGAAAAUAUCAAGAACUUUCAAAGUUUCUUAAAGUGCAGUCGCAAAAACCAUCAAGCGCUAUGAUGAAACUAGCUCUCAUGAGGACCGCCACAGGAAAGGAAGACCCAGAGUUACCUCUGCUGCAGAGGACAAGUUCAUUAGAAUUACCAGCCUCAGAAAUUGCAGCCCAAAGUGUUUCACAGAGUUCAAGUAACAGACACAUCUCAACAUCAACUGUUCAGAGGAGACUGCGAAGAAUCAGGCCUUCAUGGUCGAAUUGCUGCAAAGAAACCACUACUAAAGGACACCGAUAAGAAAAAGAGACUUGCUUGGGACAAGAAACACGAGCAAUGGACAUUAGACCGGUGGAAAUCUGUCCAUUGGUCUGAUGAGUCCAAAUUUGAGAUAUUUGGUUCCAACCGCCGUGUCUUUGUGAGACGCAGAGUAGGUGAACAGGUGAUCUCCGCAUGUGUGGUUCCCACUGUGAAGCAUGGAGGAGGAGGUGUGAUGGUGUGGGGGUGCUUCGCUGGUGACACUGUCGGUGAUUCUGCAGCGAUACGCAAUCCCAUCUGGUUUGUGCUUAGUGGGACUAUCAUUUGUUUUUCAACAGGACAAUGACCCAAAACACACCUCCAGGCUGUGCAAGGGCUGUUUGACCAAGAAGGAGAGAGAUGGAGCGCUGCAUCAGAUGACCUGGAGGUGUGUUGGGAUGAGUUGGACCGCAGAGUGAAGGAAAAGCAGCCAACAAGUGCUCAGCAUAUGUGGGAACUCCUUCAAGACUGUUAGAAAAGCAUUCCAGUUGAAGCUGGUUGAGAGAAUGCCAAGAGUGUGCAAAGCUGUCAUCAAGGCAAAGGGUGGCUACUUUGAAGAAUCUCAAAUAUGAAAGAUAUUUUGAUUUGUUUAACAAUGUUUUUGUUACUACAUGAUUCCAUAUGUGUUAUUUCCUAGUUUAUGUCUUCACCAUUAUUCUACAAUGUAGAAAGUAGUAAAAAUAAAGAAAAACCUUUGAAUGUGUAGGUGUCCAAACUUUUGACUGGUACUAUACAGUGAGGGAAAAAAGUAUUUGAUCCCCUGCUUUGAUUUUGUACGUUUGCCCACUGACAAAGACAUGAUCUGUCUAUAAUUUUAAUGGUAGGUUUAUUUGAACAGUGAGAGACAGAAUAACAACAACAAAAUCCAGAAAAACGCAUGUCAAAAAUGUUAUAAAUUGAUUUGCAUUUUAAUGUGGGAAAUAAGUAUUUGACCCCUCUGCAAAACAUUACUUAGUACUUGGUGGCAAAACCCUUGUUGGCAAUCACAGAGGUCAGACGUUUCUUGUAGUUGGCCACCAGGUUUGCACACAUCUCAGGAGGGAUUUUGUCCCACUCCUCUUUGCAGAUCUUCUCCAAGUCAUUAAGGUUUCGAGGCUGACGUUUGGCAACUCGAACCUUAAGCUCCCUCCACAGAUUUUCUAUGGGAUUAAGGUCUGGAGACUGGCUAGGCCACUCCAGGACCUUCAUGUGCUUCUUCUUGAGCCACUCCUUUGUUGCCUUGGCCGUGUGUUUUGGGUCAUUGUAAUGCUGGAAUACCCAUCCACCACCCAUUUUCAAUGCCUUGGCUGAGGGAAGGAGGUUCUCACCCAAGAUUUGACGGUACAUGGCCCCGUCCAUCAUCCCUUUGAUGCGGUGAAGUUGUCCUGUCCCCUUAGCAGAAAAACACCCCCAAAGCAUAAUGUUUCCACCUCCAUGUUUGACGGUGGGGAUGGUGUUCUUGGGGUCAUAGGCAGCAUUCCUCCUCCUCCAAACACGGCGAGUUGAGUUGAUGCCAAAGAGCUCCAUUUUGGUCUCAUCUGACCACAACACUUUCACCUAGUUCUCCUCUGAAUCAUUCAGAUGUUCAUUGGCAAACUUCAGACGGGCCUGUAUAUGUGCUUUCUUGAGCAGGGGGACCUUGCGGGCGCUGCAGGAUUUCAGUCCUUCACGGCGUAGUGUGUUACCAAUUGUUUUCUUGGUGACUAUGGUCCCAGCUGCCUUGAGAUCAUUGACAAGAUCCUCCAGUGUAGUUCUGGGCUGAUUCCUCACCGUUCUCAUGAUCAUUGCAACUCCACGAGGUGAGAUCUUGCAUGGAGCCCCAGGCCGAGGGAGAUUGACAGUUAUUUUGUGUUUCUUCCAUUUGUGAAUAAUUGCACCAACUGUUUUCACCUUCUCACCAAGCUGCUUGGCAAUGGUCUUGUAGCCCAUUCCUGCCUAUUGUAGGUCUACAAUCUUGUCCCUGACAUCCUUGGAGAGCUCUUUGGUCUUGGCCAUGGUGGAGAGUUUGGAAUCUGAUUGAUUGAUUGCUUCUGUGGACAGGUGUCUUUUAUACAGGUAACAAGCUGAGAUUAGGAGCACUCCCUUUAAGAGUGUGCUCCUAAUCUCAGGUCGUUACCUGUAUAAAAGACACCUGAGAGCCAGAAAUCUUUCUGAUUGAGAGGGGGUCAAAUACUUAUUUCCCUCAUUAAAAUGCAAAUCAAUUUAUAACAUUUUUGACAUGCGUUUGUCUGGAUUUUUUUGUCUCUCACUGUUCAAAUAAACCUACCAUUAAAAUUAUAGACGGAUAAUUUCUUUGUCAGUGGGCAAACGUACAAAAUCAGCAGGGGAUCAAAUACUUUUUUCCCUCACUGUAUAUACUAUAAUUUUUUUACAAAACCAGCCGCAGGCCGGAUUUAAUUGCACCCAGGCACAAGAGGCCAACACUGCCCCCAAGUACACAGCAUUUGACUUCCACUAAAGGGUCCGGACUUUCCCUUAUAGGCAUUCAUAAUAAUUUUACCUUUGUCAGGAGCAAGAUAUACAAAUACCUUAACUUGUAAGAUAUUAAUACAAUUCUCUAAAAAAAUUAUAAUUUUGAGGGGUAUUUUAAUAUUACUUCAGUCAUAUUACUGUAAUUUGCUAAUUUGGUUUUUAUCAUUUUUAACACGAAUCCUUCAGCCAAGUACAGUUUAAGGUUAAGAUGAAAGCUUUCACCAAUGUCACACCCUCCGGCUCCAAGGUGAUGGCUUUGGUCCUGCUGUCCUUGGUGACCUUCAUUGAUUGGCUGGUGUUUCAUCUCUGGGAUGUAACCGUGACGACCGAGGGAGGUGUUCCUCUUCUGUGAGCAGCGGGGGGCUGGGCCAGUGUACUCUAGUGAUCAGGGAGGAGACAAUGACCUGUAAAUCUGUAAAUAAGCCAGAGGAAGAGACGGGCACAUACACACGCGAUGGCGCAUGCAUACACACACACACCACACACACACACACACACCCAGGAGAGCAUGGAACACACCUUGCUUUAUUUUAGUCCUCAAGAUUUACACAUGUAAAGAAAGGUAGGAUGUGGGCCAGUAUGAAAAUGUAUGCACUCACUAACUGUAAGUCACUCUGGAUUAGAGCUGAUGUAAAAUGAUGUAAAAUGUAAAUGUGUAUUUUCUAUUGGAUUUAGGGUGAAAGACGCUCAAAACAUUAUACACAAAAUGUUCCACAUUCUAACUUCAGAGUAACGACAAAGCAAUAACUACACACAGUGUGAUCUUCCUUCUCACCACUGAGACAGAGACCCUAUCUCUUUAAACCCUCCUGGAUCCUUUUGAUAUUUCUGGGCUGAGCAUCCGCCCCCGUCGCCCCUGCCUACCCCCCUGUCCUCCCCCGUUCCCUUCCCUCCUUCUCUGCGGGGGGCCCAGCUGUGGAUCAUUGCCUUCGAUCGGAGGGGCCCUGAUUGCGGCGCUCGACAGGCCGCGCGCCGUGGAGUCGUCCAGAUCAAUCCAGCGAUCCCUCCAUUUGGUUCCCACUGUGCCUGAUGACAAUGUUGGCAUUCCACAUGCAGCCCAAAGGGACUGAUCAAAUCUACUGCAUCGAUCAGCUAAGGCUGGACUGUGUGACAACCCACACACACCCACACUUAACUGUACAAUUUACUGAGAGAUAGAAUGCAAUAAAAUAAUGCUUUGAAAUAUUUUUGGUACAAUAAUGGGAGAUUUGUGAUUUUGAGAAAUGCUAGUUGACUCUUGAGAAAUACUAUAAAUAUAGUCUGAAACGUUCCUAAGUUAAAGUAGGUUAUUUACUAGACUAGCAUGAUUCUUUACCAUCAAACCAAACUUUACUUAAAAAGUAAUAUUGCUUUGGUUUCUUUGUCCAUAGUGGCUGCUCUGAAGAGCAACAGAGCGCUCCGGGAGCUGUACCUGUCCAACAAUAAUCUGAACAGCGAACAGGACUCUAUGCAGCUAGGAGACCUGCUCAGAUACAACAGCUCCAUCACUACCCUGGACCUCAGCAACAACACCAUAGCAGACUCAGGUGCACUUAAAGAACAUAUUCAGUAUGAAACAGAUACAACAGUACCAGUGGAGGCUACUGAGGGGAGGACGGCUUAUAAUAAUGGCUAGAACUGAGCGAAUGGAAUGGCAUCAAACACAUGGAAACCAUGUGUUUGAAGUAUUUGAUACCAUUCCACUCAUUCCGCUCCAGCCCUUACCACGAGCCCGUUCUCUCCAAUUAAGGUGCAAACAACUUCCUGUGAACAGUACCAUCACUACCCUGGACCUCAGCAACAACACCAUAACAGACUCAGGUGACGAUCCUGGUACUGUCAAAGAACAGGACCAUUUGCACUCUGUAUCACUCACAGAGAUUGA